AUGGUAAAUUACUACCAUGUAAGCAUCUUCAACGACCGACCACGAUACUUGAAGGGAAUCGCGCCAUCGCACGGGAAAGGAAAGGGGAAGCAAGAAAAGAACUAUGAACCUCCGAAAGGUACAGGAAUUUACGGUACUCGGAAUUCCACCGGUCUGAGUCCUGAUCAAAAUUUUCUAGAACAACGGCCAUGGAGUGUUUCCAACUUCCUGGCGGCUGGCUUGGUUGAACUAAUCUAG